AUGGGUCUUUUAACCAAAGGUAGUCCUCUCACUUGGGAUGAGACAGUACCAUUCGUUGAUUAUAUCAAGACGCACGGUAUCGCUCAAUUCAUCAACUUGUAUCAUCGGUUGAAAGAUCGUGCUGGUGAUCAACUUAAAUGGGGAGAUGAAAUUGAAUAUACCAUAGUGAAAUUUGAUCAUGAGAACAAGAAGGUCCGUGUUUCUUGCCGUGCUGAAGAAUUACUCUCAAGAUUACAAGCGAAGGAGAAAGUCAAUGCUCUCGUUGGAACAGUUAAUAACUUCCUAUGGCGACCAGAAUUCGCUGCAUAUAUGAUUGAAGGAACACCAGGAAUGCCUUAUGGAGGACUUCUUGCUUGUUUCAACAUCGUGGAAGCCAACAUGAUUGCUCGUCGCCAAGAAGUACGCGACUUGCUCAAAUCAGAUGAGUCCAUUCUCUCAAUCUCUUUCCCAGCCCUGGGAACUGUUGAUUAUACUGAUCCUCCAUUGGCACCCACUCCCGAUGAUGAAGAUGAUGCCGGUAGAAGCAUUUUCUGGCCCAAUAAUGUUAUUUUCUGUGGUCAUCCCAGAUUCAAGAAUCUCGUCAAAAACAUUCGUGGUAGACGUGGCGAGAAAGUUGCCAUCAACGUCCCUGUGUUCAAAGAUGUGAAUACUCCCUCUCCAUACAUUGAGGAUUUAUCUCGGUUCGGAAACCCAGAUAGUUAUUCUGCUGCUAAACCUGACCAUAUUUACAUGGAUCAUAUGGGAUUCGGAAUGGGAUGUUGUUGUCUUCAAGUCACUUUCCAAGCUGUUAAUGUAAACGAGGCUAGGUGGCUUUAUGAUCAAUUGACACCAAUUACUCCUAUUGUAUUGGCUCUAUCAGCUGCUACUCCUAUAUUCAGGAGUACUCUUGCUGAUGUCGACUCUCGCUGGGAUAUCAUUUCGGCUAGUGUUGAUGACCGAACAGCCGAAGAAAGAGGAUUAGUCCCACUCCAAAAUAGCAAAUGGCGAAUUGACAAAAGCAGAUAUGAUACAACAGAUUGCUACAUAUAUCCAUGCUCAGCGGGAUAUAACGACAUUCCUUUACAAUAUGAUGAAAAAAUUUUACAGCAACUACUCGAUGGUCAAAUUGAUGAGCCUCUUGCAAAACAUAUUGCUCACAUGUUCAUUCGAGAUCCUUUACAAGUUUUCCGGGAGAGAGUUGAACAAGAUGACGAGAAAAGCUCAGAACACUUUGAAACUAUACAGUCGUCAAACUGGAUGAAUAUGCGAUUCAAGCCCCCUCCACCAGAUACCCCAGAAAUUGGGUGGCGAGUCGAGUUCAGACCCGCUGAAGUGCAAUUGACUGAUUUUGAGAAUGCUGCAUACUGCUGCUUUGUUGUUUUGCUUACCAGAGUUAUUAUAUCUUUCCGCCUGACAUAUCUUUUACCAAUAUCAAAAGUUAAUGAGAAUAUGAAAAGAGCUCAGAAAAGAGAUGCUGUUUUAUAUGAGAAAUUCUUUUUCCGCAAGUCUCUUGCGACAUGCAAAAGUGCUCCUGAAAGUUUGAAAGGCACCGCAAAGUGCGGCCAGCCAAGUUCAGACAUUGAAGAAAUGGAUAUCAAUGAAAUAAUUAACGGUCGCGAAGAUGGGUUCCCAGGGUUAAUCCCUCUUAUUAAACAGUAUUUGGACAGUGCUGAUGUUGAUGUUGACACUCGAUGUAGUAUUGCUCAAUAUUUGAAUUUCAUUUCGAAAAGGGCUUCUGGUGAGAUUUCUACUCUUGCUCAUUGGAUGCGAGAGUUUGUUCAACAGCACCCUGCUUAUAAGAAAGACAGCAAAGUUCCACAAGAGACUAUUUAUGAUAUGACUAUAUUGAUGAAUGAUAUUUCUUUGGGUAAAAAACAUUGUCCUAAGUUAUUAGGAUGCUUCCGCUCAAAAACUGAUUCCAAAAUUCCUGCUUCUGUUCUAUUAGCUGAAGAAAGUUUCGCAAUGAACAAUAGAGAUUGA